AAUAUAAAAGCAAUGAGCGUGGGGAGCGACUUUCACUCUACUCGUCGAUAGCAUUCAAUAUGGGCUUGAAAUUUUUGCUUGUGCUGUCUCUUUUGUUCUUAUGCACUUCUCAAGGCAAUGCAGGAGGUCAGAAGCGACAAGGAGGCUCCAUAGCUGACUCACUACCACAACCAAAAAUACCAUCAAUCCGGAACUGCGUUUGGGAGGAGGACCUCUGCAAUCGUGCUCGGCCACUGUACAUCGACCCUGACACGAAUGAUGGACCCUACUCCGUCCUGUACCCUCCGAGCGGUGAAUGCUCUACUAAAGUCGCCAAAUGUGCUCAGAUGAUUGUGCCCAAUGGAAAAAAGGUGAUCGUUGCGUGCACUGGGAAGAAUAGUGAGCUAUUGCGGCGCAAGUCAACAUACGCUGAAGCCACGUGCCUCAAUGGACGCUUUGUCGACUCGCCAGGUCAGAGAGUGGUCAACACACCUAUCGUUGAAGAUUCAUGCACCAAAGAGCAGAAAGUCGAAUUUUCGGAGAUCCAACAAGCCAAUAAUCUGAUAAGGCCAUUUCUUCUUUCUUUUGAGGUGAAGGGACAGCGAAAUUUCAAAGUGAAAAUCCUGGACGGAAUUAUUGACGAGAACUGGAACGCCAUUUUCACUCGAGCAACCCAGCAACCGUCUGUGAACAGCGUGGCUUGCCCAGACAGAAAGGACAAUUUCGUCACUUUCAGCAAAUUUAGCAGUGACGUUGCCGCCAGUUACGGAGACAAUGUUUGGUAUAAAAAUGUGAUGAAGUCCACCUGUCACCUGAGUGACAAGCAGGUAGCCUCUUUAACCCAAGGAGAGGUUAUAUCGCAAAUGUAUCCGUCCCGUGGGUCAUCGGCACUGGACGCCAAGAAAAAGUAUUCCUUCCGACUUAUCAAGGGGCACCUCACGGCCAACAGAGAUUUCUCUUUCAAGUACCACCAAGAUGCGACAUUCACCUACUACAACGUGGCACCUCAGUGGCAAAGUGUCAACGUCGGCCCUUGGUCUGUCGUUGAGGAUAAAGUCCGAAAAGCAGCAGAGCUGGCAGGAGAGAUGAUAAAUGUAAUCACCGGGACCCACGGUGACCUGUGUUUGCCCAUGAACUGCGGGAUAGACCAAAAUAACAACAACGCAAACUGUGUCAAUGUUACAACAUUUGAAGGAAGCUACCGUCUCCCGAAACUGUUCUGGAAAUUGUACUACAAGGCAAGGGAAUCUAUAAACCAGGCCACAGUGCUGGUUGUAUUCAAUACUUUGAACACCGAUUCCCUCCAGGCUGAUAAGACUUACAACGACGUGAUCAAAAAAUGUGAAUCGCUUCCGGGCGCAGUGUACCAAUGUCAAUUUACAAAAUUCAAGGAUAUCUACCGCGACAAUGCGAGUGCUCGCGCAGAUUUGGAACGAUUGAUUGGAAAUUUACAAUAAUUUUUUAAAUCGUUAUGUGCCUCGUGCCUCUGAAAAUUAAAACUAUCUUUCGAUAAAAAGCGACCAAUACUACAAAUAGAUAAAUAUUUUUAAAUGUGAAACAAACUAUUUUAAAUAAAUUUUUACCCCAAAAAA